AGUUCCCAGUGACGUCGUCAGUAGACCCUUCCCUGAACAAUCUCUUGUAUCCAGGAGAGCCCUAGCAUCUUCUGUGAUGCCACAAGUGUUGUGGUGGCACCAACUGCCUGUGGGAUGUUCCUUCGGUGUCUCUAUGGUUCACUAAUUGACCUGUUGUCCAGGCUAAGCAGCCGUUUGUGAGAAAGAACAAAGAGCAUGAAGAGAUGAGAGUUGGGGAGAAGGAAGCUGCCCUCCUGUCUUGUUGUAAAAAAGGAAGAAAUAAAUGGUCCUUGGGAAAGCUCAGUGAGCUCUGGGCAAUGGGUGAGGAGGUUCCUUGAGGAGAGAGCCUUGAGCUGAGGCUUCCAGGGUUGUAAUCAACUCUCCCCAUCAAGAGCAUUGAUGACAUCUGAUGAAGCAGAGAGAAAUAUCUAACUCUGGAGGAGAAGUUGCCAAAGGAUAUUCCCUGGGUCACAGGAGAGGCUGCAGAAAAGGGCCCCAUAGAAAUUGGUUGCUUUUGGGAGAGCUGGGUAGCAGGUAGGCCAUAGAACUUCCCAGUGACAUCAUCAGUAAUGUCUUCCUUGGACAAUCUCUUGUAUCUAAGAGAGCACUAGAAUCUUCUGUGACGUCACCAGUGUUGUGGUGACACAAACUGCCUGUGGGAUUCCCUCGGUGCCUUUUGGGUUCACAAACAGGCAUGUUUCACCAGCUGCUCAAGCUAGUUCAGAAGGAGAGGGGAGAUCAAGGAGAGACCAGACCGAGGCAGAAGAAAGCUGGCCUCCUGUCUUGGUUUAUUCGGAAGGCAUCAUCAGAAAAUUUCAUCAGUAACCAUGAAAAGCGUAUAAAGAAUUUGGAGGAACUAAAAUCUGAAAUCCAGAAGUGUAAAUUCGAGCGGGAUGAACUUUCUCGAAUCCUGGACCUUUAUGUCAAUGAUGGUUUGAACUACAGGCUGAACAUUGAAUUGCCAAUGCUUAAAUCCCAACAUGAGAUGAGAACGAUGGAUAUGCAUAAGAUGACCAACUGGAUAAGUGAUGCCAUGGAGAAGUACAAGGAGCUCACACAAGAGAACAAUUCCUACCGCAUCAGAAACUUCCACCUCCUGAAUGAAUGCAAUGAAUUGAAGAAGAAUGUAAGGAUUUUGAUGAAUGAGAACAGAAAACUGCUGGUGGAGCAGACUGAACUGCAAGCAUCCUGUGAGGAGGGAAAGAGGUUCUGUGAGGAGGCCAGCAAGACCAUCUACACCACAGAUAUUGAAUCCUUGUGUCCUGUACUUUUGAGUAAAUCGAAUGUAUCCUUGUGAAUCAAA